AUGGAAGUGCUCCAUCAUCCGGGUCGCCUUCACAGGUGGUCUGGUGUGGGCACUGGGCAGGCAUUCGUGGAAAUAACCGAGGCGCAUCUGGUCAUGGGGUUGGUCACUGUUAUGGUGGUGAUGGCGGUGAGCCGAGUCGAGAACCCCAGGUCUCACAACUUGGCGUCUGGCACGGCUUCGCUAGCGACAUUCGCGGCGCUGUCGCACGACAUCUCGUCGUCCGUUGCGUCCAUUCUGCUCUCCACCACCAGCGCCGCCAUCCAUCCGCACCUCUUCCAAGCAUGGAGCUUCCCGCCCAGUCCCCGCGCCGACGCGCGCGGGGCUGUUUCUCCCGAUGAUAUCACCUACGCCGCAGCCACAUCGGCGCGCAAGGAGGCGCCGUUCGUGGCAGCAGCGGGCGUGGAUGACAGGGUAGAUGGCGGAGCUUCCAGGUACACGGAGGAAGAACAGCUGCCGGCCCUUCUGGGCGUCAGCUGGUGUGGGGGACAGCAGCCGGGGGAAGCGGAGGUGCUGAAGCAGCCGGCGCAGCGGAGCAUCAGCCCUACCCGUGAGCGUAGAAAGGUCGCUUCCCCCGGUCCUGCCUCCAACCGCCAGCGCUGCAGUUCCGAUCGCACCUCGGCAUCGCACCACGUGUACACCGCGAUGGCCUCACCGUACUCUCAGGGGCAGCACGCACGGUGUGACCCGCAGAAUGGCGCAUCCAGUGCGAGCAGGGAACCCUCGUCUAGUCCCACGCAGCAGAGUACCACAGCAGCUUCCCGUGGCGGUGCCGACAUCCCUCGUAACGCCUACCCCCCGCCCCUCGCUGCGCCUGGUGUCCCCCAUUUGUUUUCCGCCAAACCCCCUCGUCCUCCGCGGCACGGCAGCAAGGCGGCAAGCAGAGGCUCGCGAGGGGGCGAGUCAAGAAAGGCGUCCGCAGGCGGCGCCAGUCGGUUGAGCCGUCUCAUGGGCGGGCGGCGGAAGGCGAGCGGAGAGGCUGCGGUGAUGAUGCCGCUGAUAAUCCUGCUGCUCGUGCUGUUCCUCGUGCUCACCAUAGUCCAAGGCGUUCUGUCAACCGAGCAGGCGAGACGAAUCCUCACGGAUCCGACACCCCGCGCGCAAAAUUUCACUGGACUGACGCAGGUGGCGUCGGCAUGGCAGCAGCAUCGAGUGCUUUUUCCGAUGAAAUUUCCAGGCAUCGCGGCACAUUCUUCCGACGGCAUCGGGUGCCUGCAGAACAACGCCAAAAUCGCCACCACUCCGUUCUUCCAAACCCUCCGCGCCUUUCUUCGAUCCUCGCGUUUCGGCCGCUUCUCGUUGCCUGAAACCGGUCCCUCCUGUCCAGGCGCCAUGUCUGUUGCUUUCCGCCGAGCAUUCCUCCACGCCCGCGGAGUCCGUCAAGCACCGUUCCCGUCGCUAUGUAGCCCGACUCCCCCACACUCCGCACCUGGCGGGCGCCCUCCCUUCGGUGGUGCUCGCCCGCUGCAUCAGAGUCACCCGUGUGGAGCAGCGAAGCCUGCGGCAUCGGAGUCGGUGGCAGCGCGCAUGGUGGAGAAGCGCAAGCAGGAGAGACGCGAGAACGCGGUGCUGCUGUCCAUGCUGGCCGGCCGGGCGCGUGCGGCGGGCAAGGCGCGGAUGGCUAUUCUUCGACGCGCGGCCUUUAGCAGCCAGGUCGUACCAGAUACCGAACCACCAGUGGACAGCCCAGCUUCCUUAAUCCGCCCGUUAUUGUCACAGGACGCGAGUAGCCUAUCGAUGGAGGAGCAUGGCAGUCCCAAGGCGCGCAGGCGACGAGCCAAGUCGCGCGAGAUGCGCGAGGAGUGCGCGUCGGCGCGGGACGAUCGGAGAGCCGGCGAGCGGCACGAACGGAGCAAGGGCAGCGCGACCAGUUCCGCUGGCGGAAAGGGGUACAGCGCGGAUGCGCGGGGCGAGCAGGAAUCCGCGACAGGGAAGCAGCGAGGCGCAGAGGGCGCAGAAGUGGGCGCUCGAAGGCGAGGGCGCAAGCUCAGCGCGGACGCGGCGGAGGAGAGGGGCGCGGAGGGCACAUGGGGGGCGGCGAAUGUAUGGGCGGGAGAGCAGGAGGAGGCGGAGGAGAGCGGGCAGGUGGAGGCGGAGGAGAUGACGACGGAGCGGCAAGGGUGGGCGGAUGGGGGACGGGCGGGGAUGUGGGACGAAAGGGGCGGAGGUGCGCAUGCGGGGCGCCCCCUGUCGCAUGCUGUGUCCCUGGGUGCCUCUCUCGCACGCCACCUGCAGCAGCAGCAGCAAAGAACGGGGGCGUGGGGCGACGCGCACGGUGCAGGGGCGGAAGAGGUGGAGGAGGAGCAUGGCGCAGCAGGGCGAGGCGGAGUAGCGUUGGCGGCUGUUGCGCCCAUCCCCAUCCGCACCCGCGCGCCCCUCCGCCUGUCCCGCGGCAUGAGUCUGGAGGCGCACGCCUUUGGCGACCUGUACGCGGCGCCGCCCUCGCCCCCGCGCCCCUCUGCGCCCCACCUCAGGCCCGCCGCCGCCCCCUCGUCCCCACCAGCGCCCACAGCGCGGGUCAGCCCGGUGCGCGCUGCACAUGGGUUGGGCGCGGACGGGGGACGUGAGGGGCCGCGGGGGCACGGCCACGGGGUGGGCGAGGGCGGUGGUGGCGGUGGGGGUGGCGGUGGGGGUGGUGGCGGUGGGGGUGGCGGUGGGGGGCAUGGGGGCGCGCACGCCCACGGCGGGCUGCCCAAACCGCCUGCGUUGACGGGCAAGGGGGGCAGGGCGGGCGCGGGCGCGGGCGAGGGCGGCAGCAGGCGCGCAGGGAGGCAUGGGCGGUCAGCGUCCGUGUCCAGCAUUGACGAGGGCUCCCUGGGGGGCUUCCCCAGGCCCGCCGCUCCCCCUGGCGCAGGGGGCGCGCCCGAAGGUGCUGUGGGGGGGCGGCAGCACAAGGGUGAUUGGCGCGCAGAGCAUAGGCAUGCGCGGUCGGGGUCAGGGGGGAGUGCAGUGGGGGGAAAGGGCAGGGUUGGGCAGGGCGAGGCGGAGCAGUGCGGGGAGGAGGAGGAGGGAGUGCAGGGCGAGUAUGGGGAUGCGGUGCUGUGCGGUGCGCGUGGUGCAGGUGGUGCUUCCCCCGUGCGGCAAUCCCCACCACCCACACAGCUGACUCGGCACCACAGGCAGGGCAGCCUCCCUCCCAACCUGCACCUCCUGCCGCCCUCCAUGUCCCCUUCGCCCCCCAACUCCCGCUCCGCCUCUCCUUCCAAUCUCAUUCCCCCGCUGCCCCACCCGCCCUCCUCCCUCCACGCCCCUGCGCGCCGGCGCUUACUGCAGCAGCAGCAGCAGCAGCAGCAGCAGCAGGUGGGCGAGCAGGGGGGAGCGGGUGCAAGGCACAAGUCAGUGGUGGUGGAAAAUGGCAUGGAGGCACGGCUGCUGGCAGCCAGGGAGGGCGAGGGGAGCGGGGAGGAGGGCGAGGGAGCAUGGUUCAAGGGCGGUGCUGCUGCAGUGCCGGGUCACGGGCUGGAUCGAGCAGUAGCAGCAGUGGCAGGAGGAGCAGGAGGAGCAGCGAGUGAGGGAGUGGGGGCCAGUGGGGGGCGAGGCAAGUCAGGGCUGGGGCCAUCCCGCCGCACCAAGAGCAUGGCCUUCCCCUCCUCGCCGCCCUUCACCCCUCACCAUCUCGCUGCUGCCGCCACCACGCAACGCAGCCCUGCACGCGAGCAGCAGGGCGACAGUCACAGCACUCUCACGGACCCUGCUGGGGAGGCACGCAGCAAGACCAGUCCCCUGCGGCCACCAGCCGUGCCCGCUCGCGCUGCCAGCCCCACCCAUCCGGUCAGUGCGGCGAGCAGGAGGAGCAGCCGGCUGGGGCGCGCGGGCAGGAGCCUGGGCGCGGCAGAACUCACUCGCCUCGUGGCUGCCGCCUCCUCCUCCUCCUCGCCGCCCUUCCUGCCGCCCCGUGCGUGGCCGGCAGGCGGUGCGGGCAGAGCCGUGGAGCAGGACCUGUACGGCGAGGGGGCGGUGGAGGGAGAGGGGCAUGGGGAGACGUGGGCGGUGGGGAGAGGGACGGAGAGGGAGGAGGCGAAUGGGAGGCUGCAUGAGGCGGGCGGGGCAGGGGAUGUGGUGGGGGCUGGCGUUGACAGGGGGGAAGUGACAUGGCAAGGAGUGGCGGGUGAGGUCGAGUGGGUGGGGCAUGCAUGUGCAGAUGAGGAGGGUGCGCGGGAUGAAAGGACGGAGGGGAAGAAAGAGGGGAAGAAGAAGGUGCGGAGGAAGGGGAAGAGCGUGGAUGGUAUUGGCGCAGUGGCAGGGGACGACGCGGGCAGUGGUGGCAGCAGGGUGGUAGGGCCGGUGGGGAAGCAGAGGAGGGAGGGCAGCAAGCGGGGGGGCAGUGCUGAGGACGUUGGUAUCCCAGCAGGUUCCCUGGAAGGCGAGGGGGAGCAGGCAGCAGGCAAGGCGGGCAGGCGGGAGAGGGCGAGCAGUGCAGGCAAGGCGGGGGCGGCAGAGAAGCAGCAGCACCGGCGGCACCGCACUGAGCUGCUGGACGGCCAUGGCAGCAAGGCAGGCAGGGGGCGAAGGGGCAGCGUAGGCGAGCACGGCCACUUGUUCCCUGCGCCCUCCAGCCCUGCUUCCCCCCCUGCCCGCGCUGCUGCUGCUGCACCGUGGGAAGCAGGCAAUGGCGGGGUGGGGUCAGGGGGAGUGGGCGCAGGGGGCAAGGCGGGCAGGCUGAGGCGGGGGGUGAGUGAGGCGGUGAGCAUGGGCGCGCACCUGCGUGGGGGGGACAUGGACCUGGCGCACUGGGUGCACACGGGGGAGCGCGGGGGGGGGCAAUGGCCCGCCACCCAGGAGAGUGGGGGCGUGUGGGCGGGGAUGGGGGGGGUGGGGGAGUUUCCAGGAGAAGCGAUGGAGAAGGGGAUGUGGGGCACGGGUAAGGCAAGUGGCACGCGCGGUGGUGGCAAGGGCGCGCGUGUGGCGAUGCACGGAGGGGCGGAGGAGCGGAGCGACCUGGAGAGCGAGUGGGAGCGCGAGAGGGGCAGGCAGGCGCAGCAGCAUGCCCGCACCCGCAGCUGGGUGGGGGGGACGUCCGGGCAACGGGACAGGGGAAGGGUGGGUGGGGAGGCAGAGGCGGAGGGGGUGAGGGAGGAGAGUGAGGAGGAAGGGGAGAAGGAGAGGGCGUGGGCGUUGGAAGCGCAGCGGCAGAUGCAGCGAGGGGCGCAGCAGCAGCAGCAGCUGGCGGGGCACGGGCUGGCGAGGUGGACGUCUCUGGCUCCGGGGCUGGCAGCUGCACAGGCAGCACACGCUGCACACGCAGCACUGGCCGCACAGGCAGUGAAGGCACAGCACACAGCAGGGGCAGGCCAGGCAGGAGCAGCGAGUGCGGGCACGGGCAGGGGCACGCGGGGUCAUGGCGGCGCUGGUUCUCCUGUGCCCUUCUCCCUGUCGGCUGAAGCAGUGCCGGCGACAGCAGGGCAGGCAGGGGCGGUGGGGCGAGUGAGGCUGGUGCGCGCAGUGGGGGGCAGCAUGAGCGUGGGCAUGCAUAAGCUCAGCGAGGUGCUCUGGGACGUGGACCAUGCUGCUCCUGCUGCUGCUGCUGCUGCUGCUGCUCCCACACCUCAAGACAGCGCCCCUGCGUGCACGGACAGCAGUGUUGAAGGCAGCGCUGAAGCCUCUCCUGUGGAUGCGCUCACACCGGAUUCACAGCAGCAGGGUGGAGCAGCGUCGCCCCACCCCCACGGUGUGCCCACCAGUCUCCUUGCCUCUCUUCCAAGGCUCGCUCCCCUCAACUCCCCCGCCUCCUCCUUCUCCUCCCCCUCGCCUGCCUCCUCUGCUUCCUCUUCCUCCUUUGCCUCCAGCUCGCUCUCUCACUCGCGCACGCUGGGAGAGGGCAGGGCACAGGGCGCGCUGGCACAUGUGAAGGAGGAGGAGGAGGAGAGGGGCGACAGGAAGAGGCAGUCGGGUGUGGAGCCCACCCAGAGUGGCAAGGCAGGGAGGUCAGGAGGAGAGGCGCGUGGGGUGCAGCCGGGCGGGCGUGCAACGGGCAGUGGUGUCCUCGCAGUGGAGCACAACGACCCUGCUGUCUCGCCCCUUGCCGUCUCUGCACAUGCGCCAGUGCACGUGCACCCCAGCACGGCAGCAGGGGCGGGUGCGAGCAGCAAGGGCGUGGGCGUGGGCGUGGGCAUGAGCAGGGUGGUGCGGUCUACCAGCAGCAUGGCCGCCAUCACCGCCUCCUCCUCCCUGCUCGCCCACCUCCUUGCUGCCGCCUCCUCCGCCUCUCCCGCCUCCGCCGCCGCUGCUGCUAGUGCUGGUGGCAGCCCUGCCAUGGUGCACGUGGAAGGAGGGCCGGCUGGAGCGCUGUGGGAGGAGGGCGAGCGGGCAGCGCGCAUGGCAGGGAGCGGCCCAGGGCAUGCGGCAUGGCAGCAAGGGGAAGGGGUGAGCGGCUCGUUGCCGUUUGCUGGUGCGGUGGGCGCAGUGCCAGGGGUUGAAAAUGACAGGGCAAGUGCAGAGCAGCGAGGGGGGGUGGGGGAGGGCGGGCAGGGGGGGAUGGGCAGUGGCAGGGAGCGGCGGCUGGAGAAGAUGCCCAGUGACGGCUUCCAGACAGCCAUGCGGUCGGAGCGAGCUGCUGCGCGCAAGGGCAGCAGGAGGAAGAGCCGCAAGCACAGCGGCAGCGGAAGCACGGACGCUGGCGCUGAUGCUGCAGACGCUGGUGGCGCUGCGGCACAUGGCAGUGGCGGGGGUGAUGAGGAGUCAGAGGAGGUGCAGGGCGGUGAUGGGGAUGGUGGGGCGUGGGUGCAGGGCAGCACGGACGAGGCGGUGGAGGUGAGUGCGGAUGACCAAGGUGCGGUGGCAGGGACAGGCGAGGGAGUGGGGGGUGAGCAUCAGUCAGUGGGUGCCUCAGCCCUGGGCAGCAGCGGCAGCGCAAGCACGGAGGCAGGGAAGGGCGAGGCUGAAGCAGGCAGCAAGGCAGAGGGCAAGGGCGGUGGGAAGGCGGGGGAAAAGGUGCCCCGAGCGAAGCAGAAGCUGGGGCGCAGCGGCACUAAGGAGGUGCUGCGGCGAGGGCUGUCGAGCGUGCAUGAGGCGUAUGAGGUGCACAUGGACAUGCAGCUGGGCAGUGGGCAGUUCGGGGUCAUCCGCAUGGCCCAGCACAGGCAGACCGGGGAGAAGUUCGCCUGCAAGAGCAUCAGCAAGCGCUGCCUCAAGAGCAAGGCGGACGCGGACGACAUAAGGCGCGAGGUGGCGAUUCUGGAGCUGCUGGCGGACCACCCUCACGUCGCGCGCCUGCACGCUGCCUUCGAGGACCACCAGGAGGUGCAUCUGAUAAUGGAGCUGUGUCGCGGGGGCGAGCUGUUCGACCGCUUGAAGCUGGUGGGCACGUACAGCGAGCGCGAGGCGGCGGUGCUGCUGCGCACGCUGGUGGGCGUGCUGCAGCGCUGCCACGCCAUGGGCGUGGUGCACCGCGAUGUGAAGCCCGAGAACAUCCUGCUCACCUCCAAGCGCUCCCACACCGACAUCAAGCUCAUUGACUUUGGCGUCGCUGCCUUCCUCAAACCUGGCUUAGACCUGACGGAGUUCGUGGGGUCGCACUACUACAUGGCGCCGGAGGUGAUCGAGGGGCAGUACGGGCAGGAGGCAGACAUCUGGAGCGCGGGCGUGGUGCUGUACGUGCUGCUGUCGGGGGUGCCGCCCUUCUGGGCCAAGAGCGAGGAGGGCAUCCUGCACGCCAUCCUCGCCUGCCACCUGCGCUUCAAGCCCCAUGCGUGGCGCACGCGCAGCGAUGCUGUGAAGCACCUGCUGCGCUGCAUGCUCACGCGCUCCCGCACCGCUCGCAUCACUGCGGAAGGCAUUCUGGCCCACCCAUGGAUGCAGGCGUUCUCCCAGGCACUGCCAGCGCCAGACGCUGGCGGAAGCGGCAGCGGGGGCGGGGGGAGGACGGGGGGAAGGCAGGCGGAGUGGUACGUGGACCGGCACGGCGUGCGGCACUUCCAGCGGCGGGGGGCGCUGGCAUGGCUGGCGCAGGCCACCUCCAGGCAGUCCGCGCAUGGCGGCGGGGGAGGGGGGUGGCGCGUGUCCCCCGAGGUGGUUGUGGUGGCGGUGGGGGUGGCGGGCGGCACGGCGGCGUGGGUGUAUUUGAGUCACGUGCAGGAGGUGCCGUACACGCUGCGCCGGCACUGGGUGCUGCUGUCCGUGGCCCAGGAGAAACGCAUCGGUGAAGAGGCCUUCCAAGAGGUGAGGGAGCAGCAUCGCGACCGUCUGCUGCCGUCCACGUCAGCAGAGGCGCUGAGAGUGCGCCACGUGGCGACCAAGAUCAUCCAGGCCACCACGGAGCACGUUGAUCCGGGCAAGCCCCCCCAGGUCGAGUACUGCCCCCUCUCCCCCUCCUCCACCCACCCCGCACACCACCCCAUCUCCACCCCCUCGCCCCCCACCUCUGGUGCUGUGGGCGGGGAGAAGCAGGGGGCGGGGAAGGGGGGAUGGAGGGAGCAUCAGGGGAGGGCGAGGGCGGGGAAGGGCAAGGAGAUGCACUGCUGGAGGACAGCGAGUGGCUGGACAGGCAGCAGCGGUGAGUGCCACAGGCUGCACGGCACACCUGCCACUAUGCAUGCAUGCAUGCACAUCGCCUUCUGUACACAUACGAGUCAUGGCUCACUCAUGCGAGAGCAUGUUAAUUGUUCCUAUCAUUCUUCCUGCCAUCACAUGAUUCACAUCAUGUUUGCUGCUGCCCUCUCUCACCACACACCCGCCCAUCUGCACCCCUCCAAGCAUGCCCUUCCUUACACGCCCUGCUCCUCUCCGCUUCUCUUUGGGCUGUUGCUACUUGCGCUGGCCCUUCCGUGCCCGGCGUGGCAGGUGGCGGUGGUGGAUGCGCCGGUGCUGAACGCCUUCUGUCUGCCGAGUGGCAAGGUGGUGGUGUUCACGGGGCUGCUCAACCGCUGCCCCGAUGACAACCAGCUCGCCGCUGUUAUCGGCCAUGAGGUGGCGCACAUAGUGGCGCGGCACGGGGCGGAGCGCAUGAGCAGCGCCAUGCUGCUGGCGGUGGUGCAGAUGAUCAUAGUCAACUUCCUGCUCAGCUGGCCGGGCUUCAUCCGCACCGCAUCCGACCUCCUCAUCUCCCUGCCCUUCUCCCGCAUGCACGAGUUGGAGGCGGACCGCAUAGGGCUCAUGCUCAUGGCCAAGGCGGGUUACAACCCCGAUGCUGCUCCGGGUGUGUACGAGAUGCUGGACCAUGCGAGCAGUGGCGGCAAGGGGCGACGACCAGCACCGGCACCGGAGGGGGUGGACAAGGCAGGGUGGGGCGACUUCAUGUCCACGCACCCUGCAGGCACGCGCAGAGCAGCGCUGCUGCGCAACAGUGCGAGCAUGCAGGAGGCGAGACGUGUGUACCGAGAGACAGUGGAUAGGGAGGCGGGGGGGCGAGGUAGGUUGUGGGGUGGGGGGGACUCGUGGUUUGGCUUCUGA